AUGGCACGAACACGCUCAAGCAAGUUACACGCUGAGCAAGCUGAAGCACCACCGGCCGUCCAAGGCAACGACAUCACCGAAGCCGGUGAGAGGCUGGCAACGCCACCUUCUGCAUCGUUUAAGAACAAACUAAAGAAAUACCAAUACACAGAGACACGGACAAUGCAGGAUGCUCCACCGUUAUCUGCAUCGCCGACAAAAUCCAGAAAGCGAAGUAGGACGACCGCAACGGCAGCUGUCAAAAGCUGUCCCGAAUCGUCCGCAAGACCAAAAAAGAAGCGAAUGCCUAGCAGAUAUGCCGACCCAUCCAAAUACGCACAUCUAUCGCCACUGGUCGACAUACUUCAGCCCAAUCUGAUAUGUGUCUUCGUUGGCACGAAUCCAGGCGUUCAGACCGCCGCCGCCGGACACGCAUAUGCGCAUCCUUCCAACCUAUUUUGGAAGCUCCUCCACUCUUCAGGGCUUACCGACCGUCGACUGAAGCCUGAAGAAGACCGGAGUCUCCCUGAUCUGUAUUGUAUGGGCAACACUAAUAUCGUCGAGAGACCAUCCAAAGACGCUGCUGAGCUUUCGAAAGAGGAAACAGCAGCAGGUACCGCGAACCUCGAUGCCAAGUUCCUAAAAUACAAACCAGAAGCUGUAUGUAUAGUAGGGAAGGGUAUCUGGGAAGCGAUAUGGAGGUAUCGCUAUGGUAAAAACCUUGGCAAGAAAGAUUUCAAGUACGGAUGGCAGGAUGAAGAACACAAUAUGGGCAAAAGCAGGGAUGACAAGGAAGAGCGAGAUACCAACGGGAAUGUAUGGAAGGGGUCCAGGGUAUUUGUUACCACGAGUACAAGUGGACUAGCGGCGAGUCUAAAGCCGGCCGAGAAAGAAGCUAUCUGGAAGCCCUUUGGGGAAUGGGUGCAGAAGCGAAGGGCUGAACGGAACUUUGUACCUCGGCCUUUGGAGGCCCAGGAGGCUAGUGACGAGACGCUAGAAACUUGA